AUGUACCUAGGGAAGAGGAUCGUGUGGCAGUGGCAGUCAGAUGACCUUGCGCACUGUGCCUCUGACUGUGCUGCCAAUGGAAACUGUGCCAGCUUCUUCUACAACUUCAUCACCAGGAACUGUCGGCUACAUCGCAAAGAGUUGCCUGCCCUUGGCUACGGAACGGCUGACCAUUCUAACUGGAUCGCUUAUGAUGUUCCAGAUCCCACAGGAUGUAGAGAUACAGACGGGUAUGUAUUGUACAAGCUUACCAGUCUGUGCUACAAGGUCCAUACAGAGGAGAAGGAUUGGGAUCAAGCUCGGAGUGUAUGUCACAGCGAGAACGCUGAACUCGUCACCCUCCAAACAACUACAAGGAAAACUGCCAUUGAAAGUGUGGUUCUGCAUGGUGAUUCUGAUAAUGUCUUGUACCUUGGCGGCAGAGACUAUAAUGGUGAUGGCACAUGGAGAUGGAUCAACGACAAUUCGUCCAUAUCCUGGGCAGCGGACAUAGCAUCGGAUAACGCCAACUGCUUGGGAAUCACAUUCGCAGAUAAUAGGCUGGUGUACGAGGGGCAUGACUGCGAUUCGGAUAACCAAUUCAUCUGCGAAAAAGGUUUUUAA